GCUGCAUUCAUCUGCCUGGCUGGCUCUUCAGUCUUCAUCCUCUCUUCUCUUUCUCUUUCUGUCUAUUCAGUUCCACCCUUUUGUUGGGCCCCUUGGCCUUUGCUUCUCCCUCUGCCCACCACACUCAUCCCAUUGUUAUCAUUGUUACUUCUACUUACAGCAAAGCUCCCCUGUUCCCCGCCCUCUCUCUCUCCAUCUCUUUCGCAUUCUUGGUCGCUUGUUCUUGUUCUGCUUCUUGUUUUAACCCGAACAUGGCGGAAGAUCUGGACGACGGAGAGUUCUGGCUGCCAUCUCGGUUCUUGUCGGAGGAGAUGGGGUUCCUGGAGACCAAGCUUCCCUGCGAGUUUCCCUACUGCGACUCGUCGUCCCCUGUCGAGUCGGUGGUGAGCUCGACGGAGACGGAGAGCGACGAGGAGGACUACAUGGCCGGGCUGAUGCGGCGCAUGGCUCACUCGACGCUGGAGGACGACGAGAAGGAGGCUGCGCAGAAGGUGGCAGUCAUGGCGGGGUCGCCGCAGUCGACGCUAUGCAGGAGUCUGGACUCGAGCGGGAGUCAGGGAGGGUCUAACGGGCCGUCCCAGGUGUCGUCGCCUCCGUCGACGCCUUUGAACCAGGAGGACGACGCGUGGGAUUUGCUCUCUGCUGCGGCCGGUCAGGUCGUGAGGAUGAAAAUGAACGAAGAGGGCGAGAAGUAUCAAGGCAGGGGUCUUCUCGGGCCGCCCAAGCAGCCGGUGGCGGUACCCGUGCCGGUGCCGGCCGCGGCCGUGGUCCCCAAGCAGACUACGCAGAUGAAGGCCGCCGACGUUUCUGGGUAUCCCCUCCAACGAUGCUGGAGCGACAACGGCAGGGAUGCGAGCGCGCUCGCUAUGCAUUUUGAGUUCCUGAAGCAGCAGAAGCAGCAGCAGUCGAAUUGGGGGAAGCAACAGCAGCAGCAGCAUCAGCAGGCGGCGAAGAUCGCUCAGGCUCAGCAGAUACAGAGCCGUGUGCGCGCCGCCGCCGCCGCCGCGAGUGCGAAGUUCGGCCGCCCGCUGGGGCUGCCUCCAUCCGCAUGGCCUCCUCUUCAGAGCGCAUCUGCCAACACUGGAUUGAGAGCGGCUCCUCUCCAGAGCCCCUCUGCGAACGCCGGAAUGAGAGCGGUUUUUCUCGGAAAUUCUAGUUCUCGACGGGAGUCCUCCGGCACCGGCGUCUUCCUGCCUAGAAGAGUCGGUAGCUCACCGGAUUACAGAAAGAAAUCUGGUUGCUCGACGGUUUUGCUGCCGGCGAGGGUAGUUCAGGCGCUGAACCUCAGCAUCGACGACAUGGGUUCUGCACAACCAAACUACUACUUGGGGAGUCUUGUUCAUGACCGUGAUUCUUCUUCACUCAACAUGGACCCUCGGCCCUACAUUGCGAGGAACGGGUUACUUCCUCCUCAGAAGAGAACCGUCCGGCCACAACAACCAGUCCUCAACAGCGAGUUGCGUUUGCCUCAAGAGUGGACAUAUUGACAUCGACAUCUCCUUCUCUUAAGACUCUUUCUCUCUUACUAAUAGUUUCUAAAAAUCCGUCCUCUGAAUAUUUUGCUGGGGUUCUCUCAUAGUAGGGAUUGAAGUACUUUAGUUGCCGUAGGGGUUUUAGCCUUUUAGGUGAUCUGUUGGUAAUAAGUAAAAGGUUUUGUUUCCUCUUAUAUUGCUAGGAUUAGGCUAGGAGAAACAGUUUUUGUGGAGGGGGCCUUUUGUAAUAAAGAAAAGAAGCGUGUUGUCCAUGUCCUGGUUGAGCCCUCGUCUAAAGGGGAUUUCAAUGAGAUGGCUGGGUUUCGGCUGGUCUGCAAGUUUUUUGGAUGCCCAAAUGUGGAAACUGGAAAAUCACCUUAACAAAGCCCGCCGCCGCUGCCACCACCACCACCGCCACCACCUCCGGAAAGCAAUAAGAUGGUCGUUUUGUAUUGUACUGUAGUACAUGAAGAUAUGGUGAAAAAAAAUGGAACAAGGGAGACUGUGUGUUGUGUGUCUCCUGAAUAGUAUAAUGGAAUUGCGACUCAUAAUGGAAUUUGCCCUUUUUUA